CCCAAAAGCGAAUAAGCCAUGAAAUCUACGAAGUUCAUAGCCAUUCUCUUAAUCUUCGUUUUCCAAGUUGUCUCGGCCGAUCUUAGGACCGGUUUCUACGACUCGGCGUGCCCAAAUGCCGAAAAAAUCGUACGCCAAGUUGUCGAGAAGCGAUUCGCGACCGAUAAAUCGAUCCCGGCCGCUUUGCUACGCAUGCAUUUUCACGAUUGUUUCGUUAGGGGUUGUGACGCCUCAAUACUGAUAGAUUCAACGAAAUCCAAGCCGUCGGAGAAAACAGCCGGACCAAACCAAAGUGUACGAGGAUUCGAACUCAUCGACGAGGCCAAGAAUCUUCUAGAAGCUCAAUGUCCAUCGACCGUUUCAUGCGCCGACAUCAUCACGCUCGCCACGCGUGAUGCAGUGGCCCUUGCCGGCGGCCCGUCUUACCCCGUCCCCACAGGAAGACGAGAUGGCCUCGUCUCGAAAUCCAACGACGUUAACCUUCCCGGACCGACGUUUUCGGUUUCCAUGGCACUGCAGUCGUUCAAAUCCAAGAAUCUUGACCUGAAUGAUAUGACAACGCUAUUAGGAGCUCAUACCGUUGGCAUUGCACAUUGUAGCUUAUUUUCGGACAGGCUUUCGGAUUUCCAAGGGACAGGAAAACCCGACCCGUCGAUGGAUCCGGCAUUGGUUUCGAAUCUUAGUAGCAUUUGCUCGAAAACAAAUGAUCCUACAGCGUUCUUGGAUCAGAACACUUCGUUUGCGUUCGAUAAUCAGUUUUACGUUCAGAUUCAAGCCAAGAGAGGCAUAUUGCAACUCGAUCAAGAGUUAGCUUCGGAUGGAUCGACUCGUGGGAUCGUCUCGGGUUUUGCUUCGAACAAUGAAGCGUUCAAGAAAAGAUUUGCCGAGGCUAUGGUGAAAAUGGGAAGUAUAGAAGUUCUUCUUGGUAAUGCCGGGGAGAUCAGAAAGAAUUGUAGGGUUUUCAAUGGGCCUGCCUCAAGCCCAAGCCCAAGCCCCAGACCAGGUCCAGCCCCAACGCCAAGCCCAAGUCCUAAACCGGCCCCGAGCCCAGCCCCGAGCCCGCGACCAGCUCCUGUCCCUGGUCCGAUCCCGAGGCCGAGGCCAAGGUCCAAACCAGGCCCGAGGCCAAGGCCGCAUCCGAAGCGGAAAACAGGACCGAAGAAACCGGGCAAGCCGGGGAAAUCACACCAGUCUAAGUCCAAAGUAAAAAGAAAGCCACCAAUGUGAAUCUUUGGACAAAAAAAAAAUCAAACGUGUAUGUAAUAAAAAUCAAGAUUCGAUUUCUUGGUAAAGUUCUUUGGUUGCAUUGUACGAUUCAAGAGGUGUUCUUCUGUUCUCGGGGCGCCCUUUCAGGAGUGUUCUUGGUAACGAGGUCACUCCUUUUUAAAAGUUUUCUGAAGCC